CAUUCACAGAAACGCUGGCUCGCUCGCUAGCCCUUUCAUUCACACAAACAGCAUUUCAUUCAUAUUUUGCUGUUUUUGUCUGCUUCUAAUGAAGAUCACGAUUGGGGAAUGAUAGGGCAUUUUUGCUUUAGAUGUGGGGGGACUUCGAUAACCAUCACAAUCAUCUCUGGGGUGUGCGUGUGCUGUUGCUAUGCAAGCCAGGGGAAGGAAAAAAAUGAGUGCCAGGCGGUUGCUCGGCUAGGCCUGCGGCCCUGGGAGGGGAGCCGCUGCUCCUCUGCGCUUCUGCUUUCCAGCAGCUGGCUUCACCUGGCCCUCCCUGAGUGGUACCCGUUACACCCUGUUCCAUAAAGCUCUUCCAGGCUUGGUACCUCAAGUGUCACAUGUCUAGUCGUGGGUGUGAGAAGACUCAGGGUGACCUGAUAACGUGCUAGAGGGUUGCAAGCAGCAACUAAAGGGAUAUUGAAAUGUAUUUGUAGCGUUUCUUGGGCAUUUUUCCAGAGCUUGAGCACAUUCAGUUGGAAUAAAGCUUCAAGCGCAGCCCCCUUUUUGGAAUAGAUUUCUGGAGUUUCAUGCCAUUUAUCAAAGAAGCACUCUUCUUUUUCGGAAGUAGGUUUUCAACUUAGCCCUGGCUGAGAGACUGCUGCAAAUUAGCAGGGAAGAGACCCUAACUGGCUCUGUGCAGAAGUUCAUAUGCAGAUUUUUUUUUUUUUUUUUUUUUUUUUGAGGAACUGCAUUGCCACAAAGACACUUGUCAUGGCCGCUCUGUCGAUUUGAAAAGAAAAAAGAAAAACCUGGAAAUUGGAAGUGAUUUGCAGUGCUCACCGAGCCUUUGUUGAGAAGGGUCUCCUCUCGGAGUGAGUCAUGCUUUUGCUGUGAGCAGCCCCAAGCAGCUGGGCGCUCAUCAGAGGAAACUAUGACUUUUGCAAAGCAAACGUGCCGCCCUCAGCAGCCAAGUCCGGGGCCGGGGCUGCGCGUCCGCGGCGGUGCGGGGUGUUAGCGGUGGGAGGCCGGCGCCGCUGCUCGCGCCCCCCAACCAGCUGUCCCGGCCGCUCCGUCCCGCCCCGGGGACCGCGGCUCGCCUGCUAUGCGCGGCAGCCCGCGCCGGGGCCGGCACCUGCAGCGCCCGGGCGGAUGCGGCGAGCCCACGGAGGGGCAUGCUUCCACGCACCAAGUACAACCGCUUCAGGAAUGACUCGGUGACAUCGGUGGAUGACCUUCUGCACAACCUGUCGGUGAGCGGCGGGGGCAAGGUCUCGGCGGCGCGCGCAGCCCCGGCGGCGGCCCCCUACCUGGUGUCCGGAGACGCGCUGCGCAGGGCGCCCGACGAUGGGCCAGGCAGCUUGGGCCACCUGCUCCACAAGGUGUCCCACCUGAAACUCUCCAGUUCGGGCCUCCGCGGCCUGUCGGCGGCCAGGGAGCGGGCGGGCGCGCGGCUCUCGGGCAGCUGCAGCGCUCCCAGCCUGGCCGCCCCGGACGGCAGCGCGCCCCCCGGCCCCCGCGCCCCGGCCAUGCGCGCCGCCAGAAAGGGCCGACCCGGCGACGAGCCGCCGCCCCGCGCCCCGCACGCCAACGACCAGGUGCUGGGGGCUGGAGUCACCUACGUCGUCAAGUACUUGGGGUGCAUUGAAGUUCUACGCUCCAUGAGGUCACUUGACUUCAGUACAAGAACACAGAUUACCAGGGAAGCCAUCAGCCGGGUUUGCGAAGCCGUCCCUGGCGCCAAGGGAGCCUUCAGGAAGAGAAAGCCUCCCAGCAAAGUGCUGUCCAGCAUCCUGGGCAAGAGCAACCUCCAGUUUGCGGGGAUGAGCAUCUCCCUGACCAUUUCCACCGCCAGCCUGAACCUGCGGACGCCGGACUCGAAACAGAUUAUAGCGAAUCAUCACAUGCAGUCCAUUUCUUUCGCCUCCGGGGGAGACCCGGACACCACAGACUACGUUGCAUAUGUAGCUAAGGACCCCGUUAAUCGCAGAGCUUGUCACAUUCUGGAGUGUUGUGACGGGCUGGCCCAGGACGUCAUUGGCUCCAUUGGACAAGCCUUCGAGCUCCGGUUUAAGCAGUAUCUGCAGUGUCCUUCCAAGAUCCCCGCUCUCCAUGACCGAAUGCAGAGUCUAGAUGAGCCAUGGACUGAAGAGGAGGGCGAUGGCUCAGACCACCCGUACUACAACAGCGUUCCAAGCAAGACACCUCCUCCAGGGGGAUUUGUUGAUGCUCGACUGAAAGCCAGAUCCCAUGGCCCUGACACAGCGCAGUUUGCAGGAAAAGAGCAAACUUACUACCAGGGGAGACACUUGGGAGACCCGUUUGGCGAAGACUGGCAGCAGACACCUGUCAGGCAAGGCGAGAGGCAAGGGUCCUUGGAUGUCUAUAGCGUGCCCGAAGGGAAAUCGCAUGUGACCCCAGUAGGAGAAGCCCCCACCUAUGUCAACACCCAGCGCAUCCCGCUGCAGCCCGGGCCGGCUGCAGGCAGCAGUGCAGAGAGCAGCCCAAGGAAAGACCUCUUUGACAUGAAACCUUUUGAAGAUGCUCUCAAGAACCAGUCUUUGGGGCCUGUGUUGAGCAAGGCAGCCUCUGUGGAAUGCAUCAGCCCCGUCUCCCCCAGAGCCCCCGAUGCAAAGAUGCUGGAAGAGCUAAAAGCAGAGCCUUGGUACCAAGGGGAGAUGAGCAGGAAGGAGGCGGAGGGGCUGCUGAAGAGAGAUGGAGAUUUCCUGGUCAGGAAGAGCACCACCAACCCGGGCUCCUUCGUUCUCACCGGCAUGCACAACGGCCAGGCCAAGCAUCUGCUGCUCGUGGACCCAGAAGGCACGGAAGAUGAAAGCAAUGGACAUACAAGUCUAAGUGUGACUCCUGGAAUUACAGUCCCAGGGACUGAUGUGGAACCAGAACUAUGGCCAUUGGGUUUAGGAAGGACCUGGACCACACCUUAUAAAAGGCCAGAUCCGGACAAAGGACAGGAUCUUCGACAGUAUCAGCCACCUCAUCCACCACCACCUGGAGAACAGCCUGCCCAUCGUCUCUGCUGGCAGCGAGCUCUGCCUCCAGCAGCCAGUGGAGAGGAACCCGUGACCUGCCAGCUGCCCUGUCCUGAUGUGCCUCUGUGGUCAGGAAGACUCAGCUCUUCCUGCUAGAUGGUAUUGGGCCGUGGGAACCCGGGCGGCUGCCCACUGGUUCAGAGCUUUGUUCAAAAGCCUCGGGAGGAAGGCCUCCAUAAAAUGCAAGUUUCAUAAACUUGUUGCGAAUUCUCAUGUGCAUAUUAAAGGUGUACAUACCUAUACAUCCUGUACAAAUGAUCCCUCUAUAUUUAUAUUUUUUAAGACUAAGAAAGACGUAAGACUAAUGUUCUGUGCUGUAUGUUUUUAAUGAUAAAAGUUUGACUGUAGUUGUCCAGGCAAAAUGUUAAUUCAGCUGACCCAUUCCACUGGGCAAGUUCAAGUCCACGGGGCAGGUGUUACCUACCAAGCACAAUACAAGGGAUAGAAACAGCAGGAGGGCGGGUAAUAAAUAAACACUUGGGAUUGUAAGAGAAGCAGGUGAGAUGCUGCCCACGCUCUGUGUGGGAAGCACUGGGAAGCGCUGCUUGUCGCAGCUGUCCCCCCUCCUUGGUGAUGCCUCCCGGCUGUCUGCAUCCCACACAUGUGCAUGGGUUUCCAGCACCAGAGGUGAAGGCUCCUGCAUUAAAAAGCAGGCACUACUCCAGCCAUUUCGGGUAGUGCCGUGCACAGAAACGCCGUGUCCCGUGACCCUGGCUGUCCAGGGGUUCUUGGGGAUUCACUUUACUGCCAAGGAGAGCUCAAAAUAAGCCUCACUGAUCAAGAUCUUGACUGGUCAAUGCUUCCUUUGUUUUUUUCUGUAAAUGAUAAAACGAGGUUAUGUACAGGAGUCUUUGGGUAGGUGGGGCUUUGUACCUCCUCUUAGCUGACAGGCUGCUGUGGUAGCUGCUCGCAAAGCGCACCCCCGUUUAUAUUCAGUAGAGGGAAAAGCAUGUGUAUGAGCUGUUCCAAAAAAACCUGUGCAAACACGAGUGCUCAGAGUUCACGCCUGGAGACGUUCCAUCCACCGUGGCUGAUUCAGGUUUGCCUGAGGCAGGGGAUCAGGAGUUUGGGGGAUCAGUCUGAGGUCCCGCUUUGGGAGCGAUUGGUGGGUCAAGUACUGCUCCAGGAAGAGGAGGUGUGCCCUGUUGCAGCGCUGUCUCAGCUCCCUCCUUUGGGAUCAAACACUGAUUUCUCACUGGGUUAUUGGGUGUUAGGAAGCUGACGAUGUUUCUAACCUUAAAAAAAAAAAAUGUCUGGCUUGAGAGUACCAUGCGAUUGAACAAGGGCUGUCUUUGAAAAGACAGAAAGAUUCAUUCACUCAUGGGCACCUUCUCACAGGUGCUGCAACGUGGGCACCUGUUGCAGUGAAAUCCCUUGGCAAGCAGCGCCCCCCUCAUCAGUGCAAGAGCAAGGCACACGCUAAGCACGGGAUAGCAGUAAAUUUGAUGCUUCCAGAAUGAGGAGUUAAAGGUAGAUUUAAAAUUUCUGACGAGCAUUAAUUCUGCAAAGUUCCUAUGCUAGGUGUGUGAACCUCGUUCCUACUUUUAGGGGGUGUCUGUGGCCGGGAUGGGAGGAUGAGGUGAUGACUGAGGAUGGGUUGAGGCAGGUCCAGGGCUUUGUAUCAGCCUUGUGUGGAGUUUUGACCUUUUGAAGGUCCGGUGAAUCUCAGUUCACAGUGGCUUCAGAUUCCAGAGUGUUCUACAGUGAACUGAAACUCAGUGGGCAGUGUGGCACUAAUCUAGACCACUCUGCCUCUUCCUAGACUGGUUCUGGUCUCAGGCGCAGAAUGGAUACCUUGCCCCAAGUUACCCAGAAGCUGUGGGGGCUGAGCGGGGGUGCAGGGCAGCAGCUGGCUUAGGCUCCUACCAUGUGACAGUGUUGACUUUGGGGUGGCUAUAAGAAUUGCCCCGCACUCUGUCUCCUGGGGGCUUGCGAUCCUGCAGACAUAAUAAAGGUCAGACCUCUGGGGGGACACAUGAGCCUUCUCUGUGUGCCAGUGUACACGCAUAUAAAAAUGGAUCACGGGUUUCCCGUUGUGGCUCAGCAGGUGAAGUACCAGACCCAUUGUCCUUGAGGAUGUGGGUUCAUUCCCUGGCUUUGCUCAGUGGGUUAAGGAUCCCGUGUCACCAUGAGCUGUGAUGUAGGUCACAGAUUUGUCUCGGAUCUGGUGUUACUGUGGCUGUAGUGUAGGCUGGCAGCUGGAGCUUCGAUUCGACCCUUAGCCUGGGAACUUCUAUAUGUUGCAGGUGCACCUGUAAAAAGAAGAAAACAUGGAUCAUAUGACUUCUUUCAGCAGCCUUGCACAUCCCACAAGGGCAGAGCAAAGCAGGAAGUGAGAGUUAAGAACUGAUAGCCCCUGAACAUUUGAUCUGUUUCUUUCUUCUCUGGGGGGCAUAAGUACUGGUAAUCAGCAGUUUUAGGAGCUCUCUGCUCUGAAGUCAGUGUUUAUCUCAGUUGUGAUAAGCAAUAUAGGGUUUUUUUUUUUUUUUUGCAUGAGAAUCAAUUUAUAACAUUAAAAGGAAUGGGGAUCGAAUUCUGUUUCAAUAUUAAUUCAAAAUAGUAUUUUGAAGCUCCGAUGACAAAGUCGCCUCCCACAGAACAGCACUAGUGGGGUGAACUGGCACUGCUUUGUAGCCCUUGGAGCAGAUUUGAGAACUGAGCAGAUGGCCGUGAUUUCCUAGUCUUUGUUUUCUCCCAUUUGUAAAGCAUGUAAGAGCUCACCUGGGUCAUCCCAUCUCUUCUUCAAGCACCGUGCGCUGGGCAUCUUGGAACCUCACUUAUAGAUGGGGAAACUGAGGCUCAGGUGGUGCCCACCUUGCUCAAGGCCACGCAGGUGGCGGGCAGCAGAGAUGUGCCGCUCACUCAGUGCUUCCUGAGCUCUGCUGCACGGGAGUUCAGGACCCAGAGGCAAACUCCACGCAGACCCAGGCUGCUGUGCACUCCAAGCCUCCGACUCCCAGGGCGAGGUCACUGAGCACCGGGCCAGCAUGAGCCCGCGAGGAUGCCAGGACCUGCUGCUCCUCUCAUGGGCCCUUUGCCACUUUGACCCAGGUCUCUGUGUCUGCUGGGAGAUCAAGGGGGGUCCAGCCGUCCUAAAAUGGCCCUUCUUGCUAAGCGGCCCUUGAGACACCCCUCCCCUCAGUGUCCCUUCCCACCCACACCGUCCUGUGGGAAUUAGCUGCGCUUUCCAAGGACAUUCUUGUCCACUGAGAGCCUGCGGGGCUUCCUGAGGGGUGCUCCUCACUGGUUUCAGUCAGUUUUGAUGCCUGACUACUGAGGAGACCCUGCCUGACAGUUCAGAGUAGAAGCCAGACGUGCAUUCGCAUAACUUCCAUCUAGAUCCUAUGCUUAAGCUACCACUUCCAGGCCUUUUAUAUUUGAGAAGCCGGAGGAUCAGGAGCCUGCCUGGCUUUAACCUGUGUUUCACUUGAGCAACACUUCUGUUUCAGGCCAUCUGGGCUGUUGGGGUCCAUGGACAGAGGCCCAGCUGGGGGUGUCCCGAAGGCAGAGGGUGGCACCAAUCAUUUCCAAUGAGGACAGAAAGUGACAAGCCAUGUGCAAAGGGAAAGGCCUGCUUGAAGGGAAGGCAGGCCUGGGGGAGGGGUAGAUGGAGUUAGCACUUCGUAUGAACCCCAAAAGGGUCCCGUGCUCGGGGACAGCAUCGACUCAUGUCUCCUGGUCCAGCCUGGCAUCUUGAAGAUGCCCCCUUCCUGCAAUGGAGCUCCCCUUUCAGGUGGCAUCAGAUGCUGGGUGGCUCCUUUAUAUAAGCAACACUUUAAACGAAUGUCUGGGUCUUUAUUUCCCUGAAUGGGUCACCUUGUGAAGGCCAGUCCCACGUUUCCUUGGCUGCCAGGCUCCCCGGGGGCAGCUCACCUGGGCUUCCACAUGCACAGAGCCACGUGGUCUCAAGCUAGUUGCCGGGUUUCUCUGAGCCCUGGCUCACCCCCUGCACCGCAGGACUGGGCACUCCCUUCCUGAGAGGGCGUUGGGCGGGGGCGGGUUGUGACUAUGGUUAAGCACCAGGGACAGGAGUUUCCUGGCUGCUUCACUCACAAAAGUGUCUAUGCUCUCUCGUUGGCUGAGCGCAUAGGGGACCAUCCAUAAAUGUCUUUCCGUGAAUGGUGACAGCCUGGUUGGAAAUGAGAAGGAGAUUGUGGAAAGAUUGCAAAGACGUAACUGCAGGACACAGACAAAUCUUGGCCUUGGGUGUCAGAAUAAUACUUUCAGGAGUUCCCUUCAUGGUGCAGUGGAAAUGAAUCCGACUAGGAACCAUGAGAUUGAGGGUUCGAUCCCUGGCCUUGCUCAGUGGGUUAAGGAUCUGGUGUUGCUGUGAGCUGUGGUGUAGGUCAUAGAUGCGGCUCAGAUCUGGCGUUUCUGUGGCUCUGGCGUAGGCUGGCAGCAACAGCUCUGAUUAGACCCCUAGCCUGGGAAGCUCAAUAUGCUGCGGGUUCGGCUCUAAAAAGACAAAAAGACACACACAAAAAUAAUAAUAGUCCUCUCAGGCUCUGCAGUGAAAGUUUAAGUUGGUCCUGAGAAAGAAGCGGAAAAACUACUUUAGGGGCACAUGCUGUAAACCUGGAGCUGACCCUGCUCCCCAGAGGACAGCAGUAAGGGGGCGUCUUGGGAUCCUACAGCUGGAGGGACCCCUUUUUCGAUGAGGAAACUAGAGCCAAUUGACUUGCCUGAGGGUUGCGACUGUCACUGGCUGAAUCCAGGAUAGAGUGCCGGACUUAUUAGGGUCCUUUCGGGCUUGUACAUAAAGCUCAGCCCCUGAUGGGAAAUGGCAGGUAAGACUUCCCUCUUUGAGUUUACAUAUAUGUUCCGUAUUUUUUCCCAAAUGCAUAAAGGUGUGAGUCGUUUACAUGGACAAGGAAAUGUUUCUAUGCCUUUGUUUAGUUUGAGGUCCCUCAGAAGCAGACCCUGAGAGGCACUCUGAGUGCAUCUGGAUCUUCUGGGUAUGACCCAGGGGUGGGGAAGGGAAGGAAGCUGACGAGGAAGGUCUGAUCAGGUAGGUCACCAGGGGAGGCAGGGCUGGACACGCCUCAAGAGCUAACCCACUGGUGCCAGUUGAGAGCUGGACAUUUAUCCACCCAGCCCAGCACUGGUGGAAGGCUGGUUCCAGCCACAGUGUCCCAGAUGGCCCUAUGCAUACCAAGCCAGGAAGUUCUCAGGCAGAGAGACAGACCUUCCUGAGCAGACUUGGGGUGAAAGGCAGGCAUCAGAGCCAUUGGGGGCCCUCCCUAGAGUUCCAGACUCAAGAGGUCUGGAUGGGGCCAGACAAUUUGCAUUUCUAAUACAUUUCAGGUGAUGCUGGUAGGAGCAUCUAGCCCUUGAGAACCAUCAUCAGGUGUGAAUUGUUAGCUCUCACCCAUCUCUCUCCUUGAGGGCUUUCCUUCUCUAACUUAUGAUGAUGUUUUCAUGCCACUUCAUGUCGUAGAUCCUGGGGUCUGUGCUGUGGGUUUAAAAGGGGAGGAUUAAUAAGCAUUUAUAACUCCAUGCAAUCAUUGCUGGCAGAUAAAAUGCCAUCUGCCAGCCACAAUUUAUUUAUAAUGGGGUUUAUACAUAUUUAUAAGUUUGCAAGAAACAAACACACAGUUUUGAAACUGGCACAUUUUAUAGCAGCCAGAAAAAUUGCAACUUUAUACCAGGACUUGUGAAUAUCAACCGCACAUGUAUAUACACACUCACACACACAUAUACCUACUGACUACGAUGGCUGUGCGUCUCUGUAUGUAUAUACGUAUAUACACAUGCAUAUACCUAUGCUGAUUACAACAGCUGCGCAUCUCUGUCCGUGUGUGCACAGGUGGGUUGCCUGGGCGAUUUGCACCCCAGGAUUCCUCCCUGGAUUUUAGUUUUUUAACUAACAAGGAUAACUAGAAAGUUAUUAAUGCUGAGAGUUUGGAGACUGACAUGUCCUGCCAUCCUCAGACACAGGGAGGAGGGUCCUGGAUGCUGCAGGAACAAGACACGAGGGGAGCCACUGUGGGAAGUGACAAAGGGACACAAGGGAACAGAAGCUAGUGGGGGAAGACAGGAAAGGAGAGUUUGGGAAGACAGGGGUGGAAAAAGGAAGAAGAAGCGGGAGUGGGGAUGGGGGCAGCAAGUCUGGACCUACGUCCUGUGUGUAUCCAGCAAUGUAUAAAGAAGCAGGGCAGGUAUGGGGGCGGGGGGCGGAUGCCGCUGCAGGUGUGCUGGGGGCCCAGUGUUGUCUUCCACAUGGCUUGUUGGCUUUUCUGCCCAGCCUUCUCUUGGCCUCGUCUUAGGUUAGUUCACGUGAGGCAGGCACUGUGCAGGGCUCCUGUGCGUGUGCAAAUGUUCUGCCUGCCCAAGGUUAUAACCCAAUAGGAAAUGAACACAGACACACACACACGGUGUGGAAGGUGACAAGUCUGAUGGCUGGUAGGACCAAAUUCAAUAGGACCCUGGAGGGCAGAGCUCCUGGGUGGGUCUAAGGGAAUCUGAAGGUUUUGCAAACCGGGGGGCAGUUGGCAUGGGGAGGGUGAGGACAAGCAGGCAAGGCAUGGACCGCCCAGGAGAGGGCGGGGCCUCCCUCGUGCGCAUGUGCCUGAACAGUGAUUGGCGUUAGGGAGGAUGCUGGAGGCGGAGCUGAGGCGGGUCCCUUCUCAUUCUCACCUCCUUCCAGCAUCGGCAGAUGCCCACAACAAUGACUCCCUUAGGCCCAGACACGUGGCUCCCUCCUGAGAGGUGGAAGAGCCAUUCUCGUUGAGAAAGCUCUGGAGGUGAAAUCUCAUACAAGUUUCUCCUUUGCUGUUUCACUUUGAAAUGUUGUAGACAGAAAAAUAGGCACACGGGGGAAACAUGUCGUGGCAUUGGGUGUUUGAGGUGACGAAUUCAUACACGUCUGGGAAAUAUUUAUCACAACCAAAGUUUCUAUCCAAUGACUCAAGCGACAGUUAAAGCAGAAAUCCACGGGCACAUCCAUUUUUGAACACUGAAUUAACUUUUUUGGUAACAACUAUGUGUUGGUUGCAAGUGGAAUGUUCUCUGUUCUUUUGACUUUUGAGUAUCACUUGUUCCAGAAUAAAUAUUGUAAAAUGAAGUACAUGAAUGUUUCUUUGUAUCCAGAAUUAAAUAAGAAUGAAAAUUUGAUGUUUAAAUUCAAGGAUUAGGAGAGAACUCCGUGUAAAUUUGAUGUGUAAUAAUGAGAUACAACUUUCUAAAAAGCAUUUGGAUGGCAAAUUAUACAUAUUGAUAAAUAUUUGAAAAAUUUUGUUCUGUUUUGUUUUCCACUAACUUUUGUGAAACAAAAAAGAAUGUAAAAGUCUCUGUCUGGGUUUAUUACCAAUUAACUACUUUCCAUGUUGAUGCAGGAACAGAACUGGCAUUUGGACUUUCUGGAGGAGUGGAAAUACAAAACCAAUGUCAAGUUUUCUAAUCUCUGUCACAGGAAAAAUAAUAAAACCUAAAUUGUGUGGCCAACAUUUGGGAGCGUUGCCAACACAAGGGGUAAAGAGAAUUGGCUUAAGUUCCCUCCUCGCCGUCGAUGAAUCCACUUCACUCUUCAGUAAAUGAUGUGGUUUCCAAUCGUGAGCCCUGGUGUCCCACCAGGCACAUCCCUGUGCUUCUAGGGCAGCCAGCUGGGGGCGCCACACAUUGGAUGGCGUCCUAUGCGCCAUCACAGUGGCCCAGGAGCAGGGUUGUCACGCUCACUUAGGCAAUGCUGCACUUCUCCUUAUCACUGGUUAUCGGAAAAUGUGCCUUCAUUUUCAGAAUAGUGGUGUGUGCAUUUCUGAGUAUGUAGCAAACCCUUUGAUAUUUGAAUUAGAUACUAAAAACAUUUGGGUGUUGAGGUUUUGCACUCGUAGAUACCAUUUAAAAGCAUGGACUUGGUAAUUUAAUUAGAAGUUUUCUAUACUGUACACCUUGUUACAUUUCUGUGAAAGGCUCCUUACCAGUGCAGAAUAACUGUGGGUCAAGGGGGAGAGAAACUGUUCUCUAAGUAGUCUGAUGUUACAUGACUGUCAAUGUGAGUCUGUGGGCAAUAAAGAAUAUUGUGAAAAGUC